GUCUCACAAAUUACGGAAUAGAUCCGUUCCCAAACUAGAAUCGCCAUUUUGUCCCCGGAGGCCGAGUGAAUCGCUGUGAAACCAGCCGAUCGCCGUUUCCAGUGAAGGGGGAAUCGUUUGCGCUCCGAUUCUCGACGCUGGGAACCCGUUUGGAAAGGUUUCUGCCGAUUCCUCCAAGAAACGUAUCGGAUCCAAACGGUCCGUCGCCGUCCAGACGCUGCGGCGAAGGAACGAGGACGGAGGGAGUGCGACUCCUUGUGAGGUGGAGAAGCCAUGGCGGAGGACCAACCGACUCCGGCCGCGUCCGCCGCCGAGGAGGCCGCCAUGGAUGCAGAUACCGGCGGCGAGCGGCUUAGCGCAGCCGCGUUGGUGGGCCUGCUCCGCAGGUUCCUCGCCGUGCAGCAGCGCCGGGCCGAGGCCUACUCCACGCUACGAAGGGGUUUUUCUGAGUAUAUGGCUAAUGGUGGUGAAUUGGCCUAUCAAAAACUGUGUGGCAGUAUUACAGCGGAGUUCAAUGAUUGCUCGAAACAAGUCAUUGAAAUAAUUUCCCUGCUCUCAAUGCCAGAAUUUAGUCGUAGUGAUCUUGCCGAUUUACUGAAGGGUGUUCAAGCACAUGAGAAAGAGAAGUUGCAUUUGACAGCGAAGAUUCAGGUGCUGAAGAAAGCCGGCAGGCCUUCAGAGCGCCUGGUGAACCACGAGGACUGCAGGUCACGCAGCAUGGCCCAGCACGUGUGCGUGCACGUCAAGGAGAUCACGGAGGCCGCUGGGACUGAGGAUGCAGAGGCAGACGCGGAGUAUGAUGCCGCCCUCAAGGAGGCCAUACAGGGCGUGCAGGAGGCCGUGACCAGCAUAAACGAACACAUGGAGGAGGUGCGCUACGAGAUUGACGGACUCGAGGCGGACACGAUCGGUAGCAAGUGGAGCGAAGUCGAGGAAGCAUUCCCUGGUACCCUGUCUAUAAAAUAGAUAGAUGAUUUGUUUUCUUUGGCACCGUUCAGUUCAUUCUACCCGUGUUGUUCUUUUCUUUAAAACUAUGUGCCCGUGUUAUUCGGCUCAGUGUACUCCUGUUAGUGGAGCCUGACGCUGAGGAAUUUGGUGUAGGUUAACUUAUGUUUUAGUGUUGCUUAAAAGAAGGAUUGAAAUUGGAACAAGACACUUUUGCAUUUCUCA